AUGGUUUUCCUGUCCUCGUUGUCUGUGCUUGGCUCUGCGCUGGUGGGGCUAAGCAAUGCGGCAGCCCUGGGUACCGCGCAGGAGUAUGCGGAUGGUACCGUACAUGCGAAGAUCAUGGCCAUGAAGAUGGCUCAGUGGGAUGCCGAGCUCGCCUCGGGCGCAAUGGAUAGCUCCAGGUACCCUGAAUUGAGCUACACGCCGUGUGUGAACGGCUUCGCGGAAGCGAUACCGGGCGACUUUAACAACACAUUCAAGUGCCAUAACAUUGACCUCUACCAUUUCCUCCCACACUCGCUUCUUGGAAGUAGCCAGGGUCAGGGUUCCUCCUCCUGGGGGUGGACAUCAAAAGACGGACACGAGUUUGUCGCUAUCGGUCAGUUUGAUGGCACCGCAUUUGCGGAAAUCAGCAGCGAGGGUAAGCUUAUUUACCUCGGGCGAUUGCCACAAUAUGACAAGAUUGGAUCUCGAUGGCGCGAGAUCCGUGUCAUGAACGACUACGCAGUGAUUGGUAGUGAGGCUAUCAAACACGGUGUGCAGAUCUUUGAUAUGAAGAAGCUGCUCGAUUUGGACGGCAAGACGCCCAAGAACUUCACCCAGGAGGAUCUGACUGGCCACUGGGGAUUGGGCGACAAAUGGAAUGAUCUGCCUGUGGGAAGAACGCACAACAUUGUCGUCAACCCGGAACUCAACUACGCUGUUGCUGUUGGCUCGGUCGGUGGCAACGAGACCAUUCGUGUACGUGGCAAUCUCCCCUGCCGUGGAGGUCUCAUCUACAUCGACAUGACCGAUCCAUCUAACCCCACUAGCCCUGGUUGUGCCGCCGCAGACGGCUACGUCCACGACGCGGAAUGCAUCGUGUACCGUGGUCCACACAAGAAAUACUACGGCCGCGACAUUUGCUACGGCUACAACGAAGACACGCUUACAAUUUACGAUGUUACUGACAAGGUGGGAAACACGACCAACAUCAUCUCGCGCACCACGUACCCAGGCGCCGAGUAUGUCCACCAAGGAGUCGUCAACAACGCAUCGUGGCAAGAGUACAUUUUCAUCGACGACGAAUUCGACGAGCGUGACGCCAAAGUAGGCCCCAUGACCCAAGGUCUCCCUACCACGCACAUCUUCGACAUCCGUGACCUGGAGAACCCAUUUUACUCUGGACACUACGAGGGCAAACGACGCAGUAUCGACCACAACCAGUACGUUGUCGACAACUACCUGUACCAGUCCAACUACGGCAAUGGCCUCAACGUCCUGGACAUCCACUCCAUCACCUCGGACCCCAGCGGCGCGGGCAUCUGCGAAGCCGGCUUUUUCGACAUUUACCCCGAAGACGACGAGAACGAGGGCGGCGGCACAGUCGCAUUCCUGGGAUCAUGGUCUUCGUACGCAAACUUCAAGUCGGGCUUCAUCUUCGUGCACACGAUUGAGCGCGGCUCAUUUGUCGUCAAGAUGACGAGCAAAGAAUGCGAGAAGCCCAAGGUCUGCGAGGUAGACGGAUGUCUAUCUAGCAUGCGCACGGCCAACGUCGAGGGCAGGCUCGAGGCGAGCCAGCACUUCUGCGGCAACUUCACGCAGAGACUCGUCGACGACGUGGCUGCUGUGCCGGAUUUCGCGCGCUCCGCGUGUGCCGCCGAGCAAAAGGAUACCGUGGCCAGAGUUAGCAGUGCGUGUGCUUGUCUGCCUACGCUGCCCGUGCCGGACCUGCCGCGGACGACGACUCGCCCGCCGGUGCCUACCGUGUUGCCGCCGAGGUUCUAG